AUGGCUUCUGAGCAGGAAACUGGGUCCGCGACCUCGCCUGUAGCGUCACAGCCGUCUCCUCCACCCGUUACCAGCCUGCCGGGUCGCGAUAGUCAAAAUCGAGCUGGGGACAGGAACGAAAUGAGCCAAUCACCAAAGAGCCCUGCUGAAAACCAAGAUCGGCAGGAUGAGGAUCACGCCCCUCUGCAAGUCGAUGAGGAGGAACUGCCAGGCAAUGACGCAGACUCUACAUAUGGGUCGGAUAGAGAUUCAUCCUACACAGCUUCAGUCACUUCAUCCAUCUACGAUUAUCAGUACGAAAACGGACGGCGCUACCAUGCAUUCAGAGAAGGGCAAUACGUCCUACCCAACGAUGAUCAAGAACAGCAGCGUUUGGAUCUUCAGCAUCACAUAUGGCGGUUGCUUCUCGGCGGCGCCCUCCAUACAGCACCUUUGCCAAAACCGGAUGACCAAAGCGAUUAUCGCAUCUUGGAUUUGGGCUGUGGCACUGGAAUUUGGGCCAUAGAGAUGGCUGAUGAGUAUCCCAACGCCUCAGUAGCUGGCGUCGAUCUUUCCCCCAUCCAGCCUGAUUGGGUCCCUGGCAACUGCGUAUUUCACGUCGACGAUUACGAAGAUGAGUGGACGUAUCGCGAGCAUGAGCGCUUCGACUAUAUCCAUGGUCGUGCUCUCUGCGGCACGUCAGCAGACUGGCCUCUGUUCUACAGCAGAGUGAUGGAAAAUCUCAAGCCAGGUGGUUACGUUGAGAUGCAGGAGUACGACGCUUGGAUAUUCAGCGACGACGACAGUUGUGACCGUGCCCCAUGGACGAUGGAAUGGGUGUCUAAGCUGGAUGAAGCGAGCAAGAUGUUUGGAAAGCAGAUCAACGUGGCGCGAUAUCACAAGCAAUGGAUGAUCGAUGCAGGGUUUGAAGACGUUCAGGAACGAGUCUACCGAAUACCCAUUGGUCCUUGGGCAAAGGACCCGACGCUGAAAGAACUGGGUAAAUUUGAACUCACGCACAUGCAGAUGUCUGUUGAAUCACAUACACCUGCACUAUUCACACGAGUAUGGAACUAUUCCCAGGAUCAAGCCAUGGUAUUGAUGGAGGGUGUAAAAAGAGAAUUCCGAAGUCGAGAUUUGAGGUUGAUCACAACUUAUCGAUUCCUCACAGGGCGGAAACCAGUUUGA